AUGGCAGGUUUAAUCGAUAGUAGUUUAAGGGGGAUCUGGGUAUUUCUCUGCUUAAGCCUUGAUUUUAAGACAAGGCUUCGGUGGAAGUUGUUAACUUUGAUUGUGGUUGAGGUUAAAGCUUUGGUGGAAGCUUGUUUCUUUGAUAGAGAGGAAAAAGCUUUGAAAGCUUUGGUGGAAGCUUUGACUGUGUUGUAUAUAAAGAUGGACCCUGAAAUGAUUGAUUUAGCUGCCCUAGAAGAAGUAGCAGUUGAUGGCCAAUCUCAUGUUGGUUCAGAUGCUGCUGCUUCACCUGGGCAGUCUCAAUCUGGCAAUGUGGCAGCCAAUACUGACCCUGUUGCUGAUCAUGUCCCUAAUAUGGAGGCAAAUCCUAAAAAAAGGAAGGAGAAUCAGCAAAGUUCAGUUGUUUGGGAGCAUUUUGAUGCAAUCAAAGAUGGCAAAGGUACUAUUAUGCAAGCAAAGUGUUGCUACUGUGCUAGGGUAUAUAACUGCCAUGCUAAAAAAAAUGGUACCUCUAUUUUGAGAAGUCAUUUAAUUAGAUGUACUAAACACCCACACAGUGUAGAAACUAGACAAGCUUUACUCUCUUUUCAACCUAUUAAUGUGGAAGCUAGACCUGCUGAUAAUCUGUUUUCUGUUGCUACUUGGAAAUUUGAUCAAGAAGUAGUUAGGAAAGCAAUUGCAUAUAUGAUUAUAGUUGAUGAGUUGCCAUUCAAAUUUGUUGAGAAACAGGGGUUUAGAAGAGUGAUGAGUCUUGCUUGUCCUAUGUUUAAAAUGCCUUCUAGGUGGACUGUGAAUAGGGAUUGCUAUGCUAUGUUUGUUGAUGAAAAGUUGAAACUGAAACAAUUUUUUAAAACUCAUAGUCAAAGAGUUAGUCUAACAAGUGAUUCUUGGACUUCUAAUCAAAGAUUGAACUACAUGUGUAUUACUGCUCAUUUUAUUGAUAAUGAUUGGAAGUUGCAUAAAAGGAUUAUCUAUUUUGUUACAUGCUCAAGGCAUAAGGGUGAAUAUUUGUCUAAGUCUAUGGAGACCUGUUUGCAAGAGUGGGGGCUAAAAAAUAUAUUUUCUGUUACCUUAGACAAUGCUGAGAACAAUACUACUGCAAUGGGGUUUUUUAUUAAGAAAAUGUUGACUUGGGGUAGUACACAUGUUAGAUGCAAGUAUGCUCACAUGAGAUGCAUUGCACAUAUUUUGAAUCUUGUAGUGUCUGAUGGUUUGAAAGAGUCUGGUUCAUCUUUUCAAAAGGUUAGGGGAGCUGUUAGGUAUAUAAAAAACUCACCUCUCGGACUUAGCAAAUUUAAAGAAUGCAAAAAAUCACUUGAUUUUGAAUGUAAGCGUUCUUUGUGUCUAGAUGUGCCCACUAGGUGGAAUUCAACAUACUUGAUGUUAGACACUGCUUGUUUGUACCAACCUGUUUUUGAGGAAUAUGAGGAUGUGGAAGCUUCUUUUAGAAUUGAUUUGGGAGAUGAGGUGCCUGAUAAACAUGAUUGGGAUAAGGUUAGGCAAUUAUGUGUGUUGUUACAAUGUUUUUACAAGAUGACUUUGAGAAUUUCUGGUUCUCUUUAUGUCACCUCUAACAACCACUUGAAUGAGAUUUCUGAUUUGUCAACUAUUUUGCAAGAUUGGACUAAGUCUAGUGAUUACUGUCUAAGAUCAAUGGCAACUAAAAUGAAAUUUGAUAAGUACUGGGGUGAUCCUAAUGUGAUGAACAAGUUGAUUUUCUUUGCAAAUAUUUUAGACCCCCGGGACAGAAUUGUUUACUUGGGAUAUACUUUGAAUCAACUGUAUGGUUGUCAUGCUGGAAAGUUUUUGUAUACUUGUGUGAUGGAGGAUCUGGCUGAGUUAUUCAAUGACUAUGAAGUCAUUUAUAAGAAGGAAGUAGCCACUACUGCCACUGGGGGCAGUGGCCAAUUAGCAGAACCUGUUGCUCAAUCCUCCCAAGUUAAUUCUGUGCUGAAAGAACGAUUCUUACAGCAAAUGUUAGAGACUGGUGGUGUGAGUGGAAGCAAAAAAAAUGAGUUGGAAAUUUAUCUAAGUGAGGCAGUAGUUGCAAAUGAUGCUAGUUUUGAUAUUCUGCGAUGGUGGAAGCUAAAUUCUGAGAGGUUCUCAGUCCUCUCUAGAAUGGCCCGUGAUAUUCUUGCAGUACCAGUCUCAACAGUUGCUUCAGAAUCAGCCUUCAGCACUGGAGGAAGAGUGCUUGAUGACUUUAGGAGUUGCUUGACUCCUAAAAUAGUGGAGGCAUUGGUCUGUACUCAAGAUUGGCUAAGAGAUCCAUCUAAGCCAGUCUCUAUUGAGGAAUCACUAGAAGAGAUGGAGCAACAUGAAGAAGGUCUUCAAGAUCCAUCUACUGCUCUUAAUGAACAAUAUCCUUUGGUGGUGGGAGCCUUUGUUGGUUCUGUUGAUUGGCAUGAUAUUAGAGGUUCAGUUUUGAUUUCUCUGUUUUAUGAGGGCUGUGAUGAUGCUUCCACUGUCAAUGAUUUUAAAUACUUUAGGAAAUCUGAAAUUUUGCAAACUGAUUUUGAUGGAGGCAUUUUUGGUGGAAGGAUUUUUUGUAAGAUUAAAAAAAACCCUCCAAAAGUCAUAUGUAUGCCAAGAGUCAAGGGAGAUGAAGCAAUGACGACCAAUCAAAAUUUGAUUACUGUAGUAAGUCCUGUUGAUAACACCUCCUACAUUGAUGUCCGAAGCGCCAAAGCCUCUAUAACCAGUGGUCUCAUGCCAAUAAACUCAAAUUUUCAAGUCAGCUAA